CCUACAUGCACACUCGGCGGCUUGCCGGUAUUCUGCGGCUUUCCCCGCAUCGACAACAUUCACACAAGGCGCGAGCAGAGGCGCUUUUUAGUGUCACGUCACGUCACGUCUGAAAAGGGCUGAAGCUGCUUGCUUAGGCAGGACGGGGAACUUGUUGUGUGUGGCGGUUCCUGUCGAAGAUCCCGGGAGAAACACAUUAAUGCCCACAAGUGAAGCAUCCCAUUGUGGGUUCCCUGGGAAACUCGUCAAACUGAGGGUUGCUUUCGGAGUUUUUUUUUUUUUAAAAAAAGAAUCGCAGAAUUAUAGAAUUAUAGCCCUUUGAACAUCUCUAGUCUAAGUCCUCCCCAGUCCAAUGCAGUAUUUGCAAUACAGGGUAGGUGCAACUAGAGAAUCCCUGACAGGUGAACUGGGCUACACUGCUGCCACUUGGUAUGUGAUAUGUUACUGUGGUUUGUAUGCUAUUUAUUUAAGGUUUGAACUUUUAAAGGAUACUGGUUUUUUGCAAGUACACAAUGUAGGUCUGUAAAGUAUAGCCCAACAUCAAAUAACCCAAGAAACAACCAAAGGAGGAGUCCUUUAGAUUGAAGGGCAUUGGGAUUCCUGGUUCUGUCUAAGGAUUUCAGUUGCAAGUGGACUGUGCAUCAGGCCUUACAAAAAGGGGCGUUUGCAAGGAUUGCUGAUUUGCACAUGUGUCACAAAUUAACCACCAUAGAGAGAACUUUAAUAUCAUCUGGAAGUCACUAAUUCAGAAUAUUUUGCAGCUCAGGAACCUGUUGUGGUUUAGUUGUCAAUUGAAAUUACCCAGACAUGAAGUUUGGAACUGCCGUUUAACCUCCAAAAGACUGACUACAUGUGUGUGGUUUUUCUCUUGUUCUUUUCUGCUUGGAUUUCUACUGUGAGGGUUAAAGAGAAGUCAAGAUGUUGUUUGAAAUACUGUUGGCUGUUGUCAUGGGAGCAAUCAUUUACCUGUUUCUGACCAAGAAGAAAGAGGACAAAUUAUCUAUGGGAGAUGGAUGGUGGGGCAAAGGACAGAAGCCUGACUCUGAAGAAGAUGUAGCUAUAUAUCCUUUCAAGGUGGAAACAUCAGACAGCGAGAUAAAUUAUUUACAUAGAAGACUUGAUGAGGUGAGAUUUGCCGAGCCAUUAGAGGAUAGUCGCUUUCAAUAUGGGUUUAAUUCAAAUUAUCUUAAGAAGGUUGUCGCUUAUUGGAGGAAUCAGUUCAACUGGAAGAAGCAAGUGGAAGUUCUCAACAAAUUCCCACAGUUCAAAACAAAGAUUGAAGGAAUCGAUGUCCAUUUUCUUCAUGUAAAACCUUCCCAUGUGCCUGAAGGCCAGUCUGCAAAGCCAUUAUUAAUGGUCCACGGCUGGCCUGGCUCAGUCUAUGAAUUUUACAAAAUAAUCCCCCUCCUGAUGGAUCCAGGGAACCAUGGCCUGAGUAGCGAGCAUGUUUUCGAAAUAAUCUGCCCUUCCAUCCCUGGCUACGGCUUCUCCGAGGCACCUCACAAGCAAGGCUUUAAUUCUGUGUGUGCUGCCCGUGUCUUCUAUAAGCUGAUGCUCAGGCUGGGCUUCCAGGAAUUCUAUACCCAAGGAGGGGAUUGGGGCUCGUUGAUCAGUACCAAUCUGGCUCAGAUAGCUCCAAGCCACGUGAAAGGUGUUCACUUAAACAUGGCAACAGUGACUACCCUGCAUUUCAAGCAACUUCUUUCAAUUACCUUGGGACGGUAUUUGCCAGGACUCUUUGGUUUUGAAGAAGUGGAUGUCCAGCGGAUGUUUCCUUUUAAGACAAAAGUGCUCUACAGGAUGCUAGCGGAAGGUGGCUACUUUCACCUACAUGCUACGAAGCCUGACACUGCUGGCUGUGGCUUGAAUGACUCUCCUGUGGGCUUGGCUGCAUACAUCUUGGAGAAGUUUUCUACAUGGACCAAUCCUGCCUUUCGAGAUCUAGAAGAUGGAGGACUAGAAAAGAAGUUCACACUGGAUGAUCUUCUCACAAACAUCAUGAUCUACUGGGUAUCUGGAUGCAUAGUCUCCUCAAUGCGUUUUUACAAAGAGAAUAUGGGGAAAGGAAUUGGCACCCAGAAGCAUGAGAAGCUCUCUGUGCAAGUCCCUGCAGGAAUUGCUUCAUUUCCAUAUGAAGUCCUGCAUAUGCCCCAGUCAUGGCUUCAACAGAAGUAUGCGAACAUCGUUUCCUUCAGCUACAUGGCCAGAGGUGGACAUUUUGCGGCUUUUGAGGAACCAGAGCUCCUUGCAGAAGAUAUUUUGCAGUUUGUGGGAAAAGUAGAAAAGGGCAACUUCGCCAAGAAGUUGGGUUGUGGGCUGUUGUAAUCACCACUGUAGGGAACCCUCCCCCCACGCUUACGAAGUAAUUGAGAUUUAAAAAUGGUAAAAAUGCUUUGCAUUUAGGGUAGCUUUUGCUGAAGUUCCUGGUUUUUUUCUUUUUUUCUUUUUUUGUAGCACUGUUUCUCUUCCCACGUGGGUAGAUAAAAAUUGAAUUGAGGCACAUUCAAACUGACCUUGUGAUGAGUUUAUAUAGCGUAGUGCCCAGAAGCGUGAAGAGUGAAUUAGGAUGUCUUUCAUUCAAAUGGUUACUAUUGCUAUAUCACCAUCCACGCACAUGGCAAUUUCUAUAAUCUUUGAUAAUUCUUGGAGAACAAGUGAGGUCCUUACAAACUGGAGAUGGGCAAAUGUUGUCUCCAACUUCAAAAGGGGGGGGGGAGUAGAACCAGGUAACUACCAACCAGUCAACGUGACAUUGAUACCAGGAAAGGUCCUAGAACAGUCAGUCAUUGCCCACUUAGAAAAGGAUACUGUGAGUACUAAGACCCCACAUAGGUUUUUGCAGAGAAGCUGGUAAAAUGUGGGUUAAAUGAGAUAACUGUUGGGUGAAUCUGUCAAUUUCAGGUUCUGUGUUUUUAUCCAAUCUUAAAUUCACUUCCCUACAUUUCCAUACCAUUUUGCAUUUUCUUUUUAAGUCUUCAUGGAAAUGAAUCAGCAUUUUAGCGCAAAUUUCUCCUAAUAUACAUGUUUGUAUGCUAUUUUGCCCCACGUACACAUUUUUGCAGAGCAGUCUCCCCAAAUUUUCAAUAAUUGUAUGUAUGUAAUUUUCACUAAUAUAUGCUUUUUUAUGUGCAUUUUAAUGGGAUGCAGGUGGCGCUGUGGGUUAAGCCACAGAGCGUAGAGCUUGCUGAUCAGAAGGUCGGCGGUUCGAAUCCCCGCAAUGGAGUGAGCUCCCGUUCCUCUGUCCCAGCUCCUGCCAACCUAGCAGUUCGAAAGCACAUCAAAGUGCAAGUAGAUAAAUAGGUACCGCUCCAAGCGGGAAGGUAAAUGGCGUUUCCGUGCACUGCUCUGGUUCGUCAGAAGCGGCUUUGUUAUGCUCGCCACAUGACCUGGAAGCUGUACGCCAGCUCCCUUGACCAAUAACGCGAGAUGAGCGCUGCAACCCCAGAGUCAGUCACAACUGGACGCCCUCCCAUCAGAUGUCUAAGAGAAAAACAGCUACCAGAUUUUUAGAAGACAUCUGAAGGCAGCCCUGUUUAGGGAUGCUUUUAAUGUUGAAUCGAUUAUUUUAUUUUAUUUUUCUGUUGGAAGCCGCCCAGAGUGGCUGGGGAAACCCAGUCAGAUGGGCGGGGUAUAAAUAAUUAAUAAUAAUAAUAAUAAUAAUUAGUCAGGGGUCCCUUUACCUUUACGUGCAUUUUAUCCCAGGACAUGCAUUUUUCUGCAUGUUUCUUGACUGGAUAAUUUUGAAUUUCGAAAGGUGGCUGUGUUGCAGUUCAUGUACUGUUUCAGAAAGUGCAAAUUUAAGCAGGUUCACCUUUAAAUGCAAAUGGAAUCACAUUUCUCCCCCAGCCCUACAUGUAAGGCAGCUUUCUAUGUCUAGUUUAUAUCUCAAGGCCGGUUCUUCUUCCACCUCAAUGGGGAAGGGCAAUAGCUCAAUGGUUAAGCAUUUACUUUGCAUGUUAUGGUCCCAUGCUCAAUUCCCAGCAUCUCCAGCUAGGAUUGGGAAUGACCCUUCCUGAAACCCUGGUAGGGGACAUCCUACCAGGCAUUGUAGAUAGUGCUGAGCUAGAUGGACCAGUGGUCUGACUUGCUAGGAGGCCGCUUCCUAUGUUCCUAACACUUAGCUUAGAAAUUGCCGAAGCAACCGGCUCUGGAGGCCACAGGCUGCUCUGCCUGCAUUAUUUAUCCGCACCUUUUUGUUCCUUGGCUUUCUGAGUGACAUUCAUUUGUCCUCCUGCGUCUUCAUCCCCCACGUGUGGUCUCCUAUUUCAGGGCAUGAAGUCACUCGCCAGAAGGUUCCUUGUGCACACCAGCAUCUGUUACAACAAGGGAACAUAGCUGUACAGUAAUUUAAAUUAAUGUUCCCCGGUAGACUGAUCUGUCACGAUACAGACAAAAUAAGUGGGAAGGAAGUUCACUAAGUGAUGUUUGCCAGACCUUGUUUUCCACUCUUUAGUGCAGAAAUAUUUCGUGUCUUGCCUCCUGCAGCAGCCCCAUUUCAGGGGCCCGGCCCAGGGAAAGGGGAUUGCGUGAAAGCUACUGCACACACCACUGUGCUCUUGUGCUAACAAUCUUUGAUAGGGAGGGGGGGGGAGUCUUGGGAGGUGAGAAUAAAUACUACCAAGAAAGCUGCCUUUGCAUACAAAGACUUCAGAUGCCUUGGCAGCUGCUAUGCUGUGUAACUGGAGACAACUAAAGCACACACACAGAGCAACCGCCACAAGGGAAGUAGAUGUCAUAAUGGUAUUAUUCAUGUUCUGUCCCACAGGCGAGCCAAGAAGUUCCUUACCUAGAAUUUAUCUCUUUCAGGCCAUUUCAGAAGUCUUGUGCACUUGUCACAGUUCAAGAGACCGAAUCACAGACUUAUAGGGUUGGAAGGGACCAUGAGGGUCAUCUGGUCCGACCCCAUGCAAUUUAGGAAUCUUUCAUCCAAUGUGGGGCUCUAACCCAUGACCCUGAGAUUAAGAGUCUCGUGCCCUUACCACCUGAGCUAUCCCAGACUAAACAGACCAACCUAAAUAUGAGAAUUUGGGAAAUACAUCGUAAGAUGCCAUGUUUUCCUCCAGUUUCUCAGGGUUUCGAAGAGGUGGAAUUAAUUUCCACUUCCAAAAUGGCCCUGUGCAAAUGUUGAUGGUAAAUAUUCUCCAGGUGUGUUGAUACUCCACACUUCCAUUUGAUAUCCGAAGGUUUGGCAGUAGGGAUCAGCACUUGAGCUGCUGACAAAUGGAGAAGAGUAACAUUUGAUAGAUGCCUUGCAAUGUUUUAUGCUUACUUGCUUAUUUACUUCUGGAGCGGUGACAGACUUUGGGCUUUAAAAUUUCAGGGGUGCCCCAUGCAAUGCCAGAAUUCAGCACCCUCCCCAUCUCUCGCCUUCAGUUGUUCAUCAUUGUUUUCUGAGGAGAUAAUGAAAAGGUCUUUAUUUCUAUCUUUCGGACCUGCCAUUGUUAAGUCUUCAGUUGCUUACAUUGACCAUCUACCUGCCUGUAGCAAUGAAUCCCAGAUGGGCAGAAGAGGUGGGGACUGACCUGGUGGAAUUUAGUCUCACACUUCUGGGAGCAGGGGAAGCCUCUGGAGGCAAGAGACCUGCUGUGAUUGCCUGGCCCAUCAUUUCUGAGCAGGGGGUGGGAGGUUGGAGUUGACCAGGUAGGUCCUGGGCAUGGUGAACACUUCAUUGUGUGGUGCUGCUGCUACUGAGAAAGCUGGCUCUGGACCCAAUGGAUUGUAACCACAAAUACCCGCCUUUUAGGGGAUGGUGACUUAGCAGGUCAUGGCAGAACUGCAGGCAUUCCUGGAUGAAACAUUAUCUGGAUCCAUUCCAGUCUGGGUUCAGGACCCAGCUUCUUACUCUGAUGGAUUACACUUAUGGAAAGGAGGACCUGGGGAAUGCAACCUUGUUCCUUCUGCUUGGUAUCUCAGUGGCUUUCGACACUAUUAGCCAUCCUCACGCACAGGUUAGUGCAAGGUCAAAAUAAAUCUUUAUUGUUUUCAAAGCU